CUCAAACUUCAAAAUAAGAAUUUAGAAAAGUCAUUUCUAAAAGUUAUUCUCGUUACAAAUAACAAUAUUGCAAACCUUAUAGUUAUUUAAAUAAAGUGUUUUAAUUACCAAUAAUUACUCUUAAGUUUAGUUAUCAUUUCAGAGCGGUCACAGUUUUACAUCCAAACUCUAAUAGAAUUUAUCGCUAAAUAUGAUGGACUGUGUAGAAGAAACUAACAAUGAUCCCCUCACAGCACCAAUAUCUUCUCCAUCAUCAGGAGAUUCUGCUAUGGAUAAAAAGAAACCUAGUGAAAAUGUGUCCUUAGCUGAUAACAGUUUGCUGGUGGAUAUAUCAGAUGCACUCAGUGAAAAGGAGAAAGUAAAAUUUACUGUACAUACCAAAACAACCCUGCCUGAGUUUCAAAAGUCAGAAUUCUUAGUUGUCCGCCAACAUGAGGAAUUUGUAUGGCUCCAUGACAGAUACGAGGAGAAUGAAGAAUAUGCUGGGUAUAUUAUCCCACCAGCACCACCAAGGCCUGAUUUUGAUGCUUCUCGUGAAAAACUGCAGCGUCUCGGAGAAGGGGAAGGUGCUUUAACAAGAGAAGAAUUCCUGAAGAUGAAAGAAGAGUUGGAGGAUGAAUACUUGGCAACAUUCAAGAAAACAGUGGCAAUGCAUGAGGUUUUUCUACAGCGUCUGGCGGCGCACCCUGUGUUCCGUAAGGAUGCCCAUCUUCGCGUAUUUCUAGAAUAUGAGCAAGAUUUGUGCGCAAAACCGCGGGGCAAGAUGGAUCUUAUUGGAGGACUUGUCCGUUCAAUGACAUCAACGACGGAUGAAAUAUACCUUGGAGCGACUGUUCGUGAUGUCAACGAUUUCUUUGAACAAGAGACUGCUUUUCUACAAGAGUAUUAUUCACAUCUCAAAGAGGCUGUGGCGAGGGUGGACCGGAUGACGGCAAAACACAAGGAAGUAGCAGAUGCUCACAUAAAGCUGUCAUCUUGUAUCACACAAUUGGCGACUCGAGAGCAGCCUCCCACCGAGAGAUUCCUUACACGCGCCGCUGACACGUUUGACAAGUGCCGGAAAAUCGAAGGUCGUAUGGCAUCAGACCAGGAUCUCAAGUUGGCUGAUACACUCCGAUACUAUAUGAGGGACACCCAUGCCGCUAAAGCAGUGCUCGUUAGACGUCUGAGAUGUCUUGCAGCCUACGAAGCUGCUAAUAGGAAUCUCGAACGCGCCAGAGCUAAGAAUAAAGAUGUUCACGCCCCCAUGGAAGUACAAGAGGCGGAACAAGCUCAAUCCGAAGCCUGCGCCAAGUUUGAGCAGCUCUCAGCGCGCGCUCGGGAAGAACUCAUCGACUUUAGGACCAGACGUGUUGGGGCUUUUAAAAAGAGCCUUGUAGAACUAGCUGAACUGGAGAUAAAACAUGCUCGUGCGCAGCAGGAACUAUUCAGGAAAUCACUGCAAAUGUUAAAGGAGUGUCAAUAAAUAGAUAUAAGGAUUAUGUGCAAUUUUUGUUAAUUAUAUAAAUGUUUCUAAGGGAGAAAUAUGUAUUCGCAUUGUAUGUAGUUAUUUACGUGAAAAUAUUUAUCAUUUCCGAAAUAAACGCAGGUUUGUCAAUACAACUUUGCAGCAAAGACGAGAUAGUAUAAUAAAUAAUUCCAUAAAAUUUUAUAAAUAACCUGCGUUUUAUACUUAAAAUAUUAUUAAGUUAAACGAUAACUGAUGUAUGCCUUGAUCACAAUAUUUAAAUCCAGUAUUAUAUGGAACGCAACAAUAUCUCAUUAAUAAAGUAUGAUUUUGAGAACUACCCACCUUGCAACUUUAGAGGGUAGACGACCAAUACUAGAAUAAAUAUUGUGAUCAAGUAUUUUUAUACGUAAACUUUGUAAACUUAUAAUUAUUGGACCCGAUUUCUGGAAUCGCUUAGUGGGACGUGGGCUGCAGUACGGGUCAGAUUAGCUUGUGGAACUAUUUGUGACACUAUGUCUCUCUUAUGUAUUAGUCACAUUCCGCUAUAAAUUUAAGGUUUUUUUUGAUAAAGUACUGAUGUUUCUAUAAUUUUUCUCUAUGCUUUAAGCUUUUUAAUAAUGGCUCUUACAUUCAGGUCUGGGGUCAUAUUGUCGUCAAUUUUUUUUAAUGCAAUAAAGAUCAAAGAGAGAGAAGACCUUUUAUCUUUGACUUUUUUAAGUGCGCCCAUUUUUGUAACAGCAUUAAAAGUCAUUUUGAAAUUAUAUGUGUUGAAAUGUUUUUGUCUAUAUUGUAUUAAAAUUAUCUAGUAAUUUAAAUUGUUUUCGGCCAAAUUUAAAGUAUUGUUAGUUAUUUUGAAUGUAAGAAAUAUACGAAUUAUACUUGUAAA